AUGGGCAGCGAACUCGAGCGCUAUUUGCGGCUGGAACCACAAGAAACUGAGGAUCUAGUCGAGUGGUGGAUGGCUCACCAGGGACUAUUCUCGGUGCUCAGCCAGUUGGCUCUUGAUAUACUUGCUAUCCCGGCGAUGGUAACUGAUUGUGAGGGAUCUUUCGGCCUUACUAAGUUGACGUUGACGUCGCAGAGACUUUCGAUGAGUGCGGAAACAUUGGAGACGCUGUAG